ACGUCUAAGACUUUUUUUAAAUGUAGAAUUUGUGCUUGGUUUAUACUUACAAUGAUUCGUAAAAGUGCCAGUUGUCAAGUAUACAGCCGUGUGACUUAUUGUAGUAGUGAUACUUCGACAACGACAAGUUCAUCAGAAAGUGCUACAGACACGCCGUUAAGAAAGUUUAACCGCAUACUGCGAUCAUCGGUGGCGCGUCACUGGUCUUACUUCAAGAAAGACAGACCCAGUUUAAGAGUACGCGGUCGGUCAGUUUCCGACGCAGCUCUAUGUGAAAUUGCUGAUCAUGACCCUGAGCUGGUGUAUCUUGACAUCCCAUCCGCGUUGCCACGUCGAUCGCUGCAGGUGUGUGGCGUGGAGCCAACACAAAAUGUGCCCGCACUUUUCGUCACGUCGGCGGGCGGGUCGGGCAGCCACGUGGGUAUAGACGACGCGAGUGACGGCAGCGACGCGGAGCGGCCUCGGAGACAUCACCACCUUCGGGUUCCUACACCGGCUUUCCCCGGACAGUCAACCGGCAAUUUCGCGUCGGGAGCGGCGGGUGGCGGGUGCGGGGUGCCACGCUCCGCCCCCGCCACCCCGCUGCAGCUCGAACCUCACCCGCGCACAUCCAAACAUGAUAAGCAUGCCAUAAAGCCUCUAUCGGGCUCGGCGCCGUCGGUGCGGGUGGCGGCGAUCGGCGUCACUUCCACCACCGGCGACACCACGGAAGGCAAACAGCCAAGCAAGUCGCGACAGAAGAAGUUCCAGAGACACUUCCCGCAGGUCGGGCCAGAAGAGAAGGUGCUUAAUUAUUACUCGUGCGCGUUGGUUGGUGAUCUCUUACUGCAAGGCCAUCUUUACAUCACCAAGAAUUACUUCGCUUUCUACUCGAACGUGUUCGGAUAUGUUACCAAGUUACUAAUCCCGACGACAUCAGUCCUAAGGAUAACAAAAGAGAAGGUGGCGCGAAUCAUCCCGAACGCCGUGGGAGUGUGCACGCGCGACGAGCGGCAUGUGUUCGGCUCGCUGCUGUCGCGCGACUCCACCUACAAGCUGAUGACGCACGUGUGGAAGGCGGCCAGGGCACCGGAACUCAUCACACCCAAACCACAGGACCGCGGUGCGUCAGAAGUGGACCUGGACGCGUCAGAGUACUCGCCCGAGGACGAUAGCAGCUCGGUGGGCGGAGACCAGGCUGACGCUGUCACGCCGCCCGUCAGGCGGGAGUCGGAAGCCAUUAUCGCUGGAGGGGCGGCAGUGAUCCAGCCCGCGCUGCUGACGGGCAGCUCGGCGCCCAAGCGCAGCGCGUCGCAGUGCUGGCGCGCGCUGCUCGUGGCCGCCACCCUCAUACUCACCGUAUCCGCGCUCGUGCUCUCCUACAAGCUGUACAACACUAGGUAUCAGACACAGGAGGAUGUGAUAAAGUUGUCUGGUGAGGAAUUGUACUCAGAGCUGGUGAGGUGGCGCGCCCGCCUGCACGGCCGCGCCGCUACAGAACUGCACUCCUUCCUCACCACCAACUUACUGUUGUUAACCAAGGUGCGUCAAUCUUUAGAAGCGUUAUCAGGAGUGAUACUAACAGACAUGGCGCAGGGCAACCACGGGAACAUAGACCUGCCCAACGACACCGUGUUCAGCUAGCAAGCUCCCCUACACACAUAGCGUGAAGAUAAACCUUUUAACCGCUGUUCUGUAUCAUGAACAUUGUUAUCAGUAGUCGAAUUAUAGUGGCAAGCAGUUGUAAAAAUAUAUUUUAUCUUUGCAAUAACUUUGAUAUUCUUUGUAUGAUACAGUUUUGAUUUUAUCUGGUAACAUUGAUCUUGAUAAUUGAAAAUAUUGUAUAAUAAAUCAGUUUAUUGCAUAGUUAAAAUGAGCAUGUGGUUAAAAGUUUCAUCAAUGUAGGUAUUAAUAGCAUUUCCUUUACAUUUGUAAUUUAUAUUUAUUGAAUCCGAACAAGAUUUGUGCCCAGACUGAGACGCUGUAAUUACGCGUUACAACGUAAAACGCUUCGUGUGCAUUCCCCAAAACAAUUGCGCGAAAUAAACAGCAUUUCAUGCGAGUUGAAACCGAUUCGCUGGUGAAUAAAGUCGAAAAUAAAUUGCACAUUUAUUUAAGGUAAUCUAAGUGAUUCGACUUGCCAAAAAGCAACCAUUGACGUCUCAGACAUUGUAUUGUCGGCUCAAUAUAAUAAGGCAUUUAUACACGCAAGUUAUGAUUGGUGCACACUUGCUGAACGUAAUGUAUGUGAUAAUAUUGGAGUGACGGUUAGUAGGUAAUUAGUGUUAGACCAUCAUCGAGGUUGGCUAAACCCAAAGAUUCAUUACUAUUAUAUCGUUGUAAAUGUGAUCGUUGUACAUAUACGCGUGUUUGGGGCCGGUGUGUCUGUAAGACAUGUUUCUACAUCAUUUUUGUGUAAAACACAAUAUGUAGGAUAAGUGAUUGAGUGUCUAUGAGCUGGCAGUUUUGAUAGAAUUAUGAAAUACAUAAUAAGGUUAUGGACGCUGGUAAUAUUAUUUUAAGGGAGGUGCAUCUGCUUCUAUAGUACUGCAUCUGCAUCUAUAUCACUAUAGUACUACGUAACAUCAAUAUUUUUUUUUUUUUCAAAUAGAAAUUCUGCUGGUAUUUUGUAUAUGCUAAACCAUAAUAAAAUCUCUGUGGUCGAUUUUUACAUACGUACAUACAUAACAUCACGCAUUUUAUCCCCGAAGGGGUAUGCAGAGGCGCAACUAGGGCACCCACUUUUCGCCAAGUAUGUUCCGUCCCAUGAUGUGAUAGGGGGCGAGCCUAUCGCCAUAUCGGGCUCAAAUUCCGAUGCUCAAAGCUCUAAUGGUCGAUUUUUCCCAUUGGUUAUUUUUAUUGGGAUUUGUGUCAGACAGGAGGGUGUACGUGCACCUCCUUGCACCCUUCUCCCAGCGCCAAUGAAUGAUGUAAACGCAUUUUUAUCUAGAAAUGAAUAAGAUACAUAUUUGCAUUUCACUCGAUGUUAUUGUUAUCGAAAUUGCCAGCUCGGACUAUUAGGGUUGUCAGGCAAGAUAGAUAUGGGUUCUUAUUAAAAAUGUAUCUGCAUAAUCAAAUUCAAAGGCUCAUUAUCGAUGUGUUAAGCGAGAACUGUCGUCUAUAUUGAAUGUGUAGCGGUGAUAGAUAUUUUCAUAAUCACAUUUGCAUAAGUUUUAUACGUAAAGGUCAUAAUUUAGGGUUGCCACGCAAUUUUGAAAUAAAAUACCAUGUUCAAAUAAGGCUAUAUAUGAAUGUAGAUGUUUAGGUUUUAAAUAUUUCUAUGUACCGUAAAAGUUAUCUUAGACAAUUCGUAUAGAACCAUCAUGGAGUUGUAUCAUAAUGUGUCAUGAUUGUGAAUGUGAUAGUGUCAGAAAGGCAGCGGUGCUAGUUAAUAAAUAAGUAAAACAUUCCUGCAUCGAUGUGUUCGGUCGGGCUGGUCAAAUGUUGGCUUAUAGCGUCCAAAUGGUUUGCCAAAUAUGUUACGUAAACACCCGAAUAACUAUGAAAAUCUUUGCUGUUUUGGCUCAAUUUUGCUUGUUUGAGACAUGACCAACUUUGUAGAUUGGCAAUAGGUUAUUUUGAGGGUUCCUAAUAUUUCUUGCCAGUACAAUGACCUUAAUUUACAAUUAAACUUGACUCGCUGAUUCUGAACGUUUGAUUUUAUUAUCAAACAAUUGUAUUUAUUAAAUGCCGUUGAAUCGGGUAGUAUGUUUGGUCCAACGUUUGCGCUGGGUGUUGGCUUCGAUGUUAAUAAAAUUAAUAAUUUAUUGUUCUAGUCCUUUUGAUACGGAGCUCAAGGUUUAUUUCACUUCGACGGCAACAAUGCACGUUACAUUGUUUUAUUUUUAUCUUUGUUCUAAACUUUAUUCGAGUUUUCUUACCAUAAAUUAUUGCGAUGUGAAAUUAAGGUACAAUCUAGUGCAAUUUCUAAACAAAUUAUUUAUAACGCUAUGAAUUAUGAUAACUUUAUAACUACAUUUUCGAUAUCGUAUUUUCAUUUUAUUAUAAUUAUAUAUAAUGAUUUUGUUUAUUUCUCUGCUAUUUCCUUUACAUGCAUUGUUGUCGCCUUAAAAAUCGGUUAUGGUACGUACUUAGUAAAAAAAAUGUAUGAAAAUAUUUGUUUAUAGCAAAAUUUGUAAAUUAUUAAAUCAGUCGUAUAAAAUUAAAUCAAUUAUGCAUGUAUUAUAUUGUCGAUAACUGAUUACUAUGAGUUAAUGCUUCAUGCUGAAUUUGAAUUGUGAAUUUUUCUAUAUAAAUGUUGUAUUGAGAAAUGUAUUCAUUAUAGUUAAUAGACGUUGCUAGCGAAUUAUUUAUCGUAAUGUAGUUGAUCAAUUUACUUGUAACAAUUAUUAUCAAAUAUUUAUAUUCCUUGAAUUAUUGGCUGAUAUGUUUAAGUAGUGUAACGCAUUGAUUUGGUUUCGAUUGUAAUACCUUAUAAAUGUAUGGCCUAAUUUUUUUAGGUUACCCGCAGUGCCAAAGUGAUGGUUCUCUUAUUUUAAACAUACAUUAGGCCUCCGUGUAUCUAUUUCAUGAGGACUCCAUCCGUAUGCUUAAGGAGUCGUUUAUUGAGAGUAGUUAAUGUAAUAUUGCCAAAGACAAGCGUUAGAAAUAUCUGGGGAGCUUAAUGGUCACUUUGGAUAAAAUAAAUGUAAAAUGAUUAUCGAUUUUUUUCAAUAAACAAUUUCAUUCGUUAUUUUUGCAUCGAUUUAAAAGACCAAUCAGAAUAAAGCUUGCUUAAUGGCUUAUUUUGAUUGGUUGAUUCCAGUAUGAAGUUGGAUUAGAAUGGUUUUUUGUAACGGAAAUAAAACAUCUUACUUUUUAAACUUGUUAAGUAAAAAUGACUUCUAUUAUAAUUCAAACAAAGUGAUCUUUUAAGUUCCACGAACGUAGUAUAGUGAGGUUUGUACAAUGUGUGUUGUAGAUAGGACACAGUUUUUCGUUGUACAGAUUUAUUUUAAUGGGUGCAUGUAGAUAUCCAGUGAUUUUUAUUUGUAUCGGUUGUGUUGACAAUUUGUUAUUUGGGUACACCUAGUUCAAAAAUUUUAGGAGUAUUGUGUUUGUGUGUAAAAAAUAUUGUAAAUAUGUUUUUAAUAAUAUAGGAACAAUUAUUUUUCGAAAAAAACAGUUAGAAUAGCAACUUCUAAAAUUUUUCAAAUGCGAAAGAUUUACAUUUUUUUUCCACACAAAUGCAAACCUCGUUUUAAAAUAUGUAAUAAUCAUGGUCAUUUUGAAUCACUUCCAUGUUCACUGUGCAAUAUCAGGCUUUUACACUUGUAUUUUAAUAGAGUUAAAUGUGUUUCAUCAAUUUUUUGGUGAUGAUUGGGAGUGUUGUACCUCGCUAAGUAAUGGCUCACGCAGAGGGCAAUUUACGUGAUAUGAUUAUAUGGUUAAUUUAUUUCUACCGCGUAGGAAUUGUUAACGCCUAUGUUUUAAGAUGAUUUGUUUUGUAUAUUUUUGUUUCGAGUCGUGAUUCGUUUGUUGUUCACUGUAAAUAAAUAGAUAGAUGAGUUAAUUAAUA